CCUGAGACAAAACAGAAGAGAGAAAGAGAGACAAAGAAGAAAGAUAGGGAGACUCUUGACCAAAAAAAAAGCGUUUGACUUGGGUGUCUACUGCUGUGGUUAAAGAAGAAAGGCAGAAAUGAACUUCUCCAAAGAAAAGUGGUGAUAGAGAGAACAGCUCUGACCAACCCCUCCUCCUCCCUCCCUCCCUCUCUCCCUCCCUCCUGGACUCUGGCUCACGCUCACCCACUCUCUUCACGCUCACAGUUGGUGCGAGUCACCCUGCUGGCUCAAACUUUGUGAGAAGACAAAGCAGGAUCUCUCCAGUCUAACGUCCAUCUCCCUAACCCUCUGAAACCCUCCGCCAGACAACACAAGACUUGGGGGAGAAAAAAAGGGAGAGCAAAGAAGUGCCAGAGGAAAAGGAGUGAGUGUCCUUGUGAAAGGUGUUUGUUUUUUGGACACAGAGGCUUGAAAGUGAAGGGUUCUGAGGAGGUUCUGUCCUUGUGCUGGGGCUCUACUCUCAGCAGCUGGUACUCCCCAGGUGUGAGCUGUGUCCGCUGGAUUAGGACUACUGUAGACAGGUAAAACAUGAGGUCGCGGAGUAGCGCCAUGGAGAUACCUGACAGAGGUCAACUGGAGAUCGCACAGCCAGCUGUGAAAGCCUUCCAGAAAGAUGAGGGUGGGAAUGCACCGGACCCCACGUGGAGGAAAGUCAAAGAGGGCAAGGAGGACAGAACCGUACCUGGAACGGCCAGGCGAACACAGAAGGGCCCCGAGAGGGGCGUCAGUGGGGGUAAGAAGAAGCUCGCAAUGACAGAUCUCUCCAAAGAGGACCUUCUCCGACUACUGGGAGUGAUGGAGGGCGAGGUGCAGGCAAGGGAAGACAUUAUCCAGAUGAUGAAGUCUGAGCGGACACGACCAGAGGUCCUCGAGGCCCACUACGGCUCAGCCGCCCCCGUUAAGCCCCUGCAGGCACUCCAGAGGGACGCCCUGCUCGCCAGCAGCAAGACGGCCACAGAAGACGUGUAUGAAGUACCCAUGGCUGAGCUGGACCGUCUGGAGGACAAACAGAGAGAGACGUACCGCCGCAUGCUGGAGCAGCUUCUGCUGGCGGAGAAAUGCCACAGGCGCACGGUCAACGAUCUGGACAGCGAGAAGCGCAAACACACUGACUUCAUCAACAAGAGCGAUGACUUCACCAACCUGCUAGAACAAGAGAGGGAGAGACUGAAGAAGCUCCUGGAACAGGAGAAAGCCUACCAGGCUCGAAAAGACAAAGAUCACAGCAAGCGACUGGAGAAAGUUCGAGAGGAGUUGGUGAAGCUAAAGUCCUUCGCCCUCAUGCUUGUGGACGAGAGGCAGCUCCACAUAGAACAGAUUGACCAGCAGUGCCAGAAGGUCCAGGACCUGAGCAAGAACCUGCAGGAGAGGGACCAGCAGCUGGAGACAGUCAGCAGCCAAUCCAAAGAGGACCGGCAGAAGACCCUGAGGCUUGAGGCGGAGUUGGAGCACAAGGCAACCAAGGCUUCCCAGGAGCAUGAGGAGAUGACGACCAAACUAGCCACUCAAGAGUCCCAGAGCCGGCAGCUGCGCUUGAAGCUGGCCACCCUGUCGCGCCAGAUAGAAGACCUGGAGGAGCGCAACAGCAUGCUACAGAAGUCUGAGGGGGACCUCCAGGAACUGAGGGAGAAAAUCAGCCGCGGGGAAUGUGGCAACUCGAGCCUUAUGGCCGAACUGGAGAACCUCCGCAAGAAAGUUCUGGAGAUGGAAGGCAAGGACGAGGAGAUUACUAAGACGGAGAUGCAGUGCAGGGAGCUAAAGAAGAAGCUUCAGGAUGAGGAGAGCCACAGCAAGGAACUCAAGCUGGAGGUGGAAAAGUUGCAGAAGAGGAUGGUGGAGCUGGAGAGACUGGAAGUGGCUUUUGACAAGAGUAAAGCAGACUGUGCACAGCUCCACACCAAUCUAGAGCAGGAGAGGAACUUGGCCAAAGACUUAGCCAGUGAGCUGGAGACAGUGAAAAGUCGAGUGAAAGAGUUGGAGAGCUCAGAAUUUAAGUUAGGGAAGACAGAGCUGAGUUUAAAAGAAGACCUGUCAAAGCUGAAGUCAUUUACAGUAAUACUUGUCGAUGAGAGGAAAAAUAUGUCUGACAGAAUCAAACAAGAGGAGCAGAAAAGUGACGAUUUAAGUAAGACGUUUAAGACUGAACAAAGUAAAGUCAUGGAGGUCACAGAAAAGCUGAUUGAAGAAAGCAAAAAGUUUCUGAAAUUAAAAUCAGAGAUGGAGGUUAAAGUGAGCACACUCACAAAAGAGAAGGAGGAUUUGCAGACUAAGCUUGCAAGUGAAAAGGAAAAGUGCAAGGAUCUUGCCUCUGAAGUGGGUCAGAUGAAAAAAAGAACGAAUGGGUUUGAAGAGGCUGAAAGAGAAUCUUCCAGAAGCAUGACCAGUGUAGACAAAUUGAGAAUCUCUGAUGAGGACAAUAAGGUCAAAGAGCUGACUCUGGAGAUUGAGCGCUUAAAAAACCGACUGAAACAAUUGGAGGUGGUGGAAGGGGAUCUGAUGAAGACUGAAGAUGAGUAUGAGCUGCUCGAGAAGAAAUUCAGGACAGAGCAAGACAAGGCCAAUGCUCUCUCUCAGCAGCUAGAGGAAUUGAGAACUCAAAUUGCGUGGAAUAAGGCAAUAGAGAAGGGAGAGGUGGUCACACAAGAGGCCGAGCUGAGGAUGCGAUGCAAGAUGGAGGAGGUUAAGUCCCGAGACCUGAAAGCAGAUGUCCAUGCCUUGAAAGAGAAGAUUCAUGAACUAAUGAACAAGGAGGACCAGCUCUCUCAGCUGCAGGUGGACUAUGCCAUCCUCCAGCAGAGGCUGAUGGAGGAGGAGGACAGGAAGAAGAGCAUGAGCGUGGAGGUGAUGAAUCUCACCAAGGAGCUGGAGGUCACCAAAUGCUACAGCCGUGUCACGCGACCCAGUAUGAACGGCAAAAGAAUUGUGGAUGUGCCGGUGACCUCCACAGCAGUGCAGACGGAUGUAGCUGCCAGUGAGCCGGUGGAGGAGGAGACACCUGCUGUGUUCAUCAGGAAAUCUGUAUUGGAGGAAAACCACAUCAUGAGUAAUCUACGUCAGAGGGGUCUUAAAAAGCCCACUGUUCUAGAACGCUAUCCUCCUGCGGCAGCCGAGCUCAACAUGAGGAAAUCUUGGAUUCCUUGGAUGAAGAGGAAAGAGCCCAUCACUGUCACGCAGACUACCCCAGAGAGGACCAUCCCCAGAGUCAACGGAGAGGCCACACCUUGUACACCUGAGCUCACCAUGUCCCAAAAGCCUGGGCAGCCUCUGCACAUACGGGUAACGCCCAACCAUCAGAACAGCACGGCCACGCUGGAGAUCACCAGCCCCCGAGCGGAAGACUUCUUCUCCAGCACCACCAUCAUCCCAACUCUGGGCCUUCAGAAACCACGCAUCACCAUUGUUCCCAAACCUACUACAGUCACGUCGAAAACAAAAGCUGGUGACGCGAUGUCUGGACCAGAAAGAGCCAAGUCCCCAGUCACCAUCACCACCAUCUCCAGAGCCAAGGGUCCAGAGGUGGGAAAGGGCUCCGGUUCAGACAGGCGGCAGCCCCUCUCCCCUGUCUCUAUCAUCACAGUCAGCACCACUCCACUGGCGGAGGCCGUGGCGGCGCAUUCGCAAGAGUCUCGAGAGGUGACUGCCGGACAGACGGUUUUCAAGCUCACCCCCGAGAAGCAGCAGUCAGUUCCUUCAUCAAUUAGAAAGUGCAAUUCCAACACAACAAACAUCAUCACCACAGAAGACAACAAAAUCCACAUUCACUUGGGGCCACAGUUCAAGAGGCCCCAAGACAGUGGCAGCAGUCCUAUGAUGACCAUUCGGCCCAUCACCAUGACUACAGAGAGCAAGGAAGCUGCAACGGGCACGGUACUGAGAUCACCACGUCACAGCACCACCACCACACAGGGGCGGACCACCGCUAGCAAAGUGACGAGCAGCAUUACCAUCACCCCCGUUACUUCCUCUCCUGCCAGACCAACACAGUCAGUGUCCGGGGCGGAUGGACAGUCAACUCGGUCCUCAGCCACACGAAUCCCUAUGUCAAAAGGUAUGAAAACAGGAGGGAGGACAGUCACGGGCGUCUCAACAGUCACAAGGCUAGAGUCACGGGCUGAGAGUCAGUCAAUGAAAAUUGAACUGAGGAAGUCUACGGUCUGCAGCUCUGUCUUCACAGAGGGCGGGAAGGCCUGAGGUGCCUCAUGCAUGGCUACUAUGGAAACAAAACAGGGGCUAUAGAUGUUCCGUACACCACGGCCUAACCGUUAUCAUAAUGAUAAUGCAAGACACUCAGAAUUUGGCCAGAGAAAUUCACUAUCUUACUGACGUUUCUACUUUCAACCAUAUGAAUAUGUUUUUUUUUUUUUUUUUUAAUUCUCAGAGGACCUCGUUUUAAACUGUUUAUGUAUAGCACGGAAUACUCAACAUGAGACAUGUUUCUGCAUGUUUUGACUUGCUUUGAUGCAAAGCUUUUCAUGGUUUUUUUUUUGGGGACAAAAUCACUUCACUACUAAUGCCAUUGGCUGGACUUUGUUAUGUCAUUUACUGGACAUUUAUUAUUGGCAUUCAUAUCGUUCAUAUCCAUCUCAUUUUGUUUAUGUCAGAGAAACUUAUGGAGGUUUUCACAGCAAGGCAAUGAUGUGACUCACUGAACAACAUCAAUCUGAAUGAACUGCUUAGUGAUACAUAGCAAAACAUUCUUUGUUUGUUUUUGUAUUGUUAUUCAUGCUUACAUAAAACAUAUAGAAAAGGGCAGUGGAAACCACCAUAACACAGACCUAUACUGCUGAAUUUCAUAAUUCAUAUGGCUGUUAGCAAAUCUAAUCUGUAUGAUUGCAACAGCAUGUUCAAUAACUACACUAUGUAAUAAACCUGUUUUUGUCUGUGUGGGGUAACACAUGAUCACAUCUGAUAUCGUGGAGAUCCAGGACAAAGGGAAUGUUGCAAGCUCUCAACGAACUUUGUGUCUUGAGGGUCUUGUGAGGCAAUAUUAAGCCGACACAAAUUCCAGACCAACCUGAAAAAUAUUGAUCGUAACACCAACAACUGAGAUAAAAGCAACUACACGUCUCUGUGAUUUCCAAAUGAACAAAAAAACUUUAUGGACUAAAAGAAAGAAGUGACACCAUUGUUUGGCAUUAAGAAUGCACUUCAAAAGGAAGCCUUUGACGAGACUGACUGGCACUUUCCCUGUAGAAAUCAUUUGUCUCUAUUCAGUUAAGUACAUAAGCAAUACGGAACUGAAAAGAUUACUAUAACAUUUGGUUUGGAUUGAGAUGCUCCAUUAAAGUCUUGGUGGGAAAUGUGGGAACUAGCAUGGAUGCACUGUGAAAUAGAAGGCAUUGAUAUACAAUAUACUAUGCUAUAGUUGCUAUGCUAUAAUAUGCUUUAAAUUCUUAAAUGUCUUUCUACAGCAAAGACAAAUAACACAUUGAACAAUUCGUCAGGGGAGAAAAUUCUGUUUAUUGUUUCAGUUGAUUUCUGUUUUCAGAUGCACGAGAGAUACUCUAUUUCCGUUUUCCUAGUGUUUACAGUUGAUAAAAUACAAAUCAAAGAUAAACCAUAACCUUUAGUAGAUGUUGAACUGAGGCUUUGCAGUAAUUCAAGAGGUAAUCAACAUAAUCAACACAGUAUGUCAGGAUGUUUUAAGGAGAUGUGGUAAAACAAGUCAAAGAGCACAAGUUGCAGAUACAACAAAAGGAAAUAAGACCCAGAGAUGGAUCGUGUUCCCACAAUUGAUUCUUUUGUAGACCAGGUCCCUUUGGCUUUAGAAUCUGCUUUCUGUUUAAGAUGUAGAUUGAAACCACUGUGUUCCAUUUCUAUGACCAAAUGGCAAACUCUCCAGCUGUUGCACUUACACAAGGCUUAACAACAAAGCAAAUAGUAUUUUUGAUACAAUUCACAUAAAUAGACAAGCUAAAAUGCCCUAAUCCCAACCAAAUGAAGAAAAAAAACAGAACUUUCACUCCGGACAGAGCUAUUCAGUUUGAAAAAUAGCACACUGCCAAUUGUCUAUAAAAUAACGAAUCCAA